UCUAACAGCUUGACCUGCGAGUUGCGACGCUUUGUUAUCGACUUUCCGUCUAGUUAACUAUUCUAUAGAGUAAUUGAAGCGGCGCGGAGUUGUGCUGACGGUUCGUCUAGGUCGUAUGAAUAGCGCUGGGAUAUUUAGCCAGAGUUGUCGUUAAUAGUGUCCCCGUUGAGGGAUGUUGACUUGUGAGGAGUGAAAAGUUUUAUGACGGUAGCGAUGGCGGCGGGCGGGCGGCGCGCCGCAGGGCGCAUGCCCGCCACUGCGCCACUAUCGGUGCGCUGCCCCCUGGCGGCUCGCACCGCAGUGAAUUGCGUAACAAAGCACACUCGCCUUCAAACGCUACGCCGAAAACUUUCGUCCCGUGCGCGCUCGCGGAUUGUACGAGCGCAAAACGACUUAACUUUCCCGCGGCGCGCUUUUCCGAUCCUACGCGAAAAUUUCAAGAAACUCACCCAUAUUUUCAGUACACCCAGGAUUUCGCUUGCGGCUUUUGUUUUUUUAAGUUUUUCAAGUUGUUAAAGUUUGACUGUAAGUGGAAAAGCAUUGUGCGGCAAUUUAAAACAGUGUAAACGUUACGUGCUGUGUUUAAUUGGUUAAAAUUUGUUUUAGUUUGCUUGUUUUGUUUAAUUUGGCGAGUGGUAGAAGCCGCCGGUGGCAGCGCUGGUGGGGAAUCGAUACUGACUGCGGUGGGAGCGGCGAAAGAUAGCAUCGUGAUGGUGCGGCGGUGGGCGCCUGCGCGGACGCGUUGAUCACUCCACAUGCCGACACCACUCUGCAGUCAGCAGAAAGAUGUCCUAAUAUGGGUUGGUCAUGCAUCGUGGCACGCAUCGUGGCCUUCUUCCUCAUGCUCAACCAAGUAUCGGCUCUCACGUCCGACAUUUUUGCAGCGGGAAAGUCGGACAAAGAGAUAUUGGACAACCUACUGAAAAACUCCCGCUAUGAUAAAAGACUGCUUCCUCCCGUAGAUGAUCCAGAAUUUUGUUGUGGUCUAACAUCGCCCAAUGACUCUCUGGCUCAAAAUAGGGUCGGGCUGUCAUCGCUGCGGCCCCGCUCGCACAAUCGCGGUGUCCUCACCGUAAAUGUUAGCGUGCUACUUCUUAGUUUAGCAUCUCCAGACGAAUCUAGUCUUAAAUACGAGGUAGAAUUCCUUCUACAGCAGCAGUGGUAUGAUCCGCGACUGCGCUACUCUAACCAGUCCCACUACGAUUUCCUCAACGCCAUCCACCACCACGAGGACAUCUGGCUUCCUGACACCUACUUCAUUAUGCAUGGAGACUUCAAGGAAUUUUCCCAGCACUCAUGGGACCCAAUAAUACCAAUGCACUUCGCGUUGCGUAUCUAUCGUAAUGGCACUAUAAACUAUCUGAUGCGGCGGCAUCUAAUAUUGUCCUGUCAGGGACGGCUCAACAUCUUUCCUUUUGAUGACCCAUUGUGUUCAUUUGCCUUAGAAAGUAUAUCAUACGAGCAGUCAGCAAUAACGUAUGUGUGGAAAAACGAUGAGGAUACGCUUCGUAAGUCGCCAUCAUUGACGACUUUGAACGCGUAUCUAAUCCAGAACCAAACCAUCGCUUGCCCUAUCAAAGCGAGUUGGAGAGCUGAGGGUAAUUCACUUUACGAAGAAGAUGAAGAGCUGACAUGUAAUCUUUGCCAGAGACGGUUUGAGGAGCAAGGUAACUACAGCUGUCUAAAGGUCGACCUCAUUUUUACAAGAGACCGCGCGUUCUACUUUACUACAGUAUUUAUUCCUGGGAUAAUAUUGGUGACUUCCUCGUUUAUCACGUUUUGGUUGGAGUGGAAUGCGGUCCCGGCGCGUUCCAUGAUAGGUGUGACGACGAUGUUGAAUUUUUUCACAACAUCAAAUGGUUUUCGCUCCACCCUGCCCGUGGUAUCCAACCUAACAGCUAUGAACGUAUGGGACGGCGUGUGCAUGUGCUUUAUAUACGCCUCCCUAUUGGAGUUCGUGUGUGUCAACUAUGUGGGAAGAAAACGGCCUUUACACAACGUCGUCUACAGACCAGGGGAGAAUCCUGUUACUCAGCGACUGCCUGCAGUCCUGAGCAGAAUUGGCAUUAUACUGGCCAGCCCCUUGGAGGCGAUAGCAUUCCUACAAUGGGCUAAAUCAGACGCGAACGAUCCAGAGCCAAGCGGUGCCGGAGACAAAAAGAGGGAGUCGACAGGUGCUGCGGACCUAGUAUCGUGUACUACGUGCACUGGAGCGCCGGGUUCCUGCACACACACUGCCAACAACGGAGGAGUAUCCGAGCCAUGUUUCGUCCAGGUUCGCAAAAAAGAACCCCCUCAUCCGAUUCGCGUGGCGAAGACGAUCGAUGUCAUCGCGCGCAUCACCUUCCCCACUGCCUACGCCGUGUUUCUAAUCUUCUUCUUUAUACACUACAAGGCCUUUUCUUAAUGCUGCCUCUACUUUACUUCCCGCUGCAGGCUGCUUCACGUGAACUGGACAGUUGUAUUCUUAGAUCUUGUACGUAAGUACUUCUUUCACCGCUCGUAUGAAUUGGAUCGCGCUGCAAGUGACAACCUCCUCGGUGCAGUGUGUUCGCCUAACGAGUGUUCAUGUUGACAUUUGUUGCCAUUGCAAAUUGUGAUGAUUACUCACUAUAGUGAUAGUAUUUGAUAUUAAGAUAAGGACCAUAUUCAAAGCUGCAAAAGUAAAGAAUAGUUGCAGCUUGCCGUUGUUAAAUAGGACGUCAUUGAAGUAAGGUAUAUGGAUUAGAGACGAAUGCGAAUUUUCUACAAGUUUUGAAAUAGUUUUCAAAAAAUAUUCAUAAGUUGAGGAUCGCUGAAUAUGGGGCACGAAUUUUAUUAGUUUCUUAUCAAUACCAGGAAACUUAUGAUAGGAUAAAGAGGGAUCAAUAAAAUAUUACUAUGAAUAUUCUGCAUCUAUGCGGAUAACGAUACACGGGACUGUGUGAUGAGCGGUGUUUGAACGCGCAUUCUAAAGGUGCGACUGAAAGGUGGUUUUGUUAGAAUAAAGAAAUCUAUUUCAAACCUUAAAACAGUCCAAAUGUAAAUCAUUGCUUUAAGUUCAUGAGACGUAUAUUUUAAGAUAGCAAAAGACAUAACUUUUAUAUAUGUUACAUUUAAUCACCACUGUUUCCUUUAUUUAUAGUAUAUGUGACAUAUUAUGUAUAUAAAUAUACACCCACACAAGUUAAAGUUGUGAUAAUAUCAUAAUUCAAUGUUAAAAUGUUUGCUUUUUAGAACAGCUACAAAGUCAAUAGGAACGUGUAGAUUUUAUUCAAAUAUUUCCUGCAUAAUGUGUGUUAAAGUUUAGUUUCAAAAUAUUCGAUUAGAUAUAAGUCAAGAUGAAGCUCAAGUCUCUUAUUUCAAAAUGUAUGUAUUAGUUAGUACCUAUCGUUAUUAAGAUACAUUGGAUUCUCGGAUUGUCUGUUUUUAUAAUAAUACUUUGUUUUAGUUUGUGAGCUGUUAAUGUGAAACCAUGAACAUGCCUUCUAACAUUAAUUAUUGUUUGCAGCCUUGACAUUACGUAGGAUUUAGCUUUAGCCCGCCCGCCGUAGACUCUAGGCAGGUACAACAAAGCCGCAUCACACUAUUGGGCACCAUUAUUUGUUUAUUUAGGGUGCUUAGUACUUUGUUACAAUCAUAUAAAUUUAAAUCAAAAAUAUCUUAAUCAAUUUAUAGUCAUAUCCACUGUGUAGGUAUAUAAUAAUAUGGCGGGACGUGAAAUUUUAGGUAUUUGUGCGCGAGUAUGCUGUUAUAUUAUUAUAACACGUUACUUUUGUUUCUUCCACGAGGAAAUACCUACGUCUUAAAAGCAUUAUGGUGUUGAAUCAAAUUUGAAUAAUGCAUACACCGUUGCUUAUAUAUUGUCCCCAUCUGUUGUAGUUUUAUGCCUUAUUUAAGUUAAACACUUCCUGUUCUUUAUAGCUCUGUUAGAAUGUUUGAUUAAGGGUUGUUUCCUUAUCAACGUAUUGAGGUAGUAAUAAAGCGCACGCAAGUUUUAAUAAUAAUUAAUUAACCAGCCUUCAACAAAGAGAGAUAUAAUCACUAAAGUUACUUAACUAUUCAUGAUUUCUUAAUAACAAUCAAUUUCUGAUAAUUGUACAUGGAAAAGAAGAACAAAAAAAAGGAAAACAGCUCAACCAACUACAUGUAGGUAUACUAGUCCGGCUGUAUAAAAUUCGAGGUUAAGUUAGACCUUGACGGCAUAUUUA